AUGGCGGCCCUUCCGGAGAAUUGGGAGAUGGACUACGAUGGAGCCAUCAGCCGUUGGAUUUACCGAUUCAAGCCUACGGGGCUCACCCAGUAUACCUUCCCCAAGCCAGGCGACGAGUAUCCCGAAUUUGUUGGCGACUUUGGCGGUCCAAUGUCACCCGAGGACAAGUUCUUCAGCCAAAGGUUGAAGAAAGGGAGUGCAGGAAGCGAGACAAUCCCAGCUUCUCCUCCAUUCAACAUCAGCACAACUGCGACUUCAGCAAACUUUUCUGGCUCAAGCUACAAGACUCCUCCACCAUGGUUUCAGCCAGACGACUUUAUGUACAUGGGCCCCGGCGCGUACAACGACAACAGCCCAGAGCAAGGCGAAGAUGAGGCUGCUCUACCAGCAACUGAUCCCAAGACACCAGAGUCCAAGUUGACUAAGCCGUCAACUAGACCAUUCAUCUCGCCUGUAACAAGCACAGAAACUACUCCUCUGGUUAACAAUAGCCGAAUCUCUGUCCUGACGAUACCGGAACAGAAUACGCCAGCAAGAGUUGAAAGUGCGCCGACAACAGGGGAUUAUAUCCAGUCUCCGGUUGUUCCUAUGUUGGAUGGUCGUCCGAUAAACCAAGUGUUCCCUAUCGGUUUCGUGGCCGAGUUAUACGGCGAGUCGACUGCGAGACCUCGAGAAGAACAUCCAACCGCAGCGGAGCUGCCGGGUCAUGAGGCACCCAUCAGAAACAUACAGGUGGCGAACUCAGAUCAACAUGCACCUGUCGAGUUAUCCUCCGAAAGCAUCAGCGUGAAGGCCACCUCGAAAGGAACUAACUGUCAAAAGGCAGAUCGACUGAGUCUCAAUCAAAAGACGGAGUCAACUCCAUUCAUACUUGGUGCCAAUUUUGCCUCCGGGCCUUCGAAUCCUGCACCUGUCCGCACACAAAGACAUUCCAUACAAGGACAGAUGCUAUCUGGAGUGGAGGUAGCAGCUGUGUCAUCAGAGAAGCAGACACCGGAAAAACCUGGGUUGGAUGAACAGGAAGGAAAGACAGAGCCUGGAGCAGAGAUUGAGUCUAACUCAAAAGCCAACGGAGAGGCGGACAAGGUUAUUGCUCAACGGGUACCGUCCAUUCUUCAACCUGCCCGCAGACGCCCAAAACCUUUGCAGAAUGCUUCUGGCUCUUCGACUACAAACCGCUUUGUCCACAGACCGCUCUAUGACCUUCCAGAAUUAGAUCAUCAGACUGUGAAACCACUACACGGCCAUCAGUCUAUGACUCUGCUCAAUAAAAAGGACGUACUGGACCCCCCACCUGUGUUUACGAGGACAAAUACUUUACCUGCAGACCUGCCUUCACUGCCUUUCAUGGGAAGUGGGUUUUCCUCAAAGACCGAGACGUCUUCGCCAGCUCCAAAGCCACAGCACCAAUCUUCACCACCGCCAGCGCCAGGCGAGGAGGAACCACAGAUGGGGUCCAGCUUUGCGUCAACAACUAGACCGCAUAGGGGAAGCUUAAGCGACUACGCGAACCCAGUUCUUCUUGAUAUCGGGCAGUCAGUGAACCCUCUGAGCAUCAUCCGAAAACCUUCUCCAACUGAAGCCCAAGGAGUGGAUCAAUCGUCUUUAGCAGUGAAAAAAGAUGAUAUGGAACAGACGGCUCCGAUGCUAGACCCGGAGUUGGCUCAGGCAAUGCGUGAAUGGGCGUUUCGUCCCCAUUAUGAACCAAAGCGCGCUACUGAAAUUGUACUGGGGCUGUCUAAAGACGGUCUCACAGCAACCCUGUGGUGUCAAGAAAGGAUGCAGUUACGCGGGAUUCCAACCGAGGACUUGACUGAAACACUGCCGGCCACUGCUAUCCAGGGAACUUCUGUGCCAGGAGAUGGUUCGCAUAGUCUCUCACAGCCUGAGACCUCAGAUUUAGUGCCUCCACGCCCUGAAAAGAUCCCACUAGACAAUUCCCAGCCCGCAUUUACUCCUUACCGUCCUCCGGCAGGGGAACAAACCAUCCGCCGAAAACCUAUAACUGAGCCUCAAAGUCAUGAAAUGCCGACUUCCAGUUCAGGGUUUGAUCAACAAACCGGUACCUUCCCUCAACAAGGAACGCGAGACUGUUACGUACUGCCUGGUUCCCACGAGCAACAGCCUCCAUCGUGGAGUGUUGAAGCCCUGCCACAGCCAGAUACCAGCAACACAAACAUCCCACAAACCUUUCCAGCACAACAACUGUUCGCCAACCCACAGUCCCAAAUACGGGCGUCUACGUGGCCGAAACCAGAAUCAACAACUCCGAUCGCAGGCCAAAUGGACGAUCUGGCGUCAAAACCGCUUCCACCCGUUCCUCAAGUCGUGCCCCAGUCUAUGCCCCAGGCUCGCGGGUUACAGACUGAGACUUCGUCGCCUGUUGUGAAGGAAAAGCGCGGGCUACUUUCAAAGUUCAGAAGAACUGGCAACACCGGCAACUCCUCGAACAAGCUUCAAAAGUCGGUCGUGAAUGGCUAUCCCACAGCGAGUACUAGCGUUCCACAGCCACAACCCCUCGUGUCUUAUCCGCCGCAGCAAAGUCCACGGCAGAACACUGAGACACAAUUCCAGAAUCUCCCAUUGCACCCAAAUCAAGUGCAAUUUCAAGGACAUCAAUGGCCUGCGGCCACACCAGACGCAUGGUCAGCAUAUGGCCACGAUCCGCGUGUGUUCACGCCAACAAUUCAACUAGGAGGACCCCAACACGAGCCUGAAUUUGUAUAUCAGAGUCAGCCGAUGCCAGCCCAGCAGCAAUGGGAUUACCAUCAACAACAGCAGCAGCAUCAUCAUCAGGUGGAUAGUAGAAGGGAGAGCGAAGUGUCUAACCUGACUGGCACUUCCUCACCUUCACCCGUUCCCAGCAACGCAGACGCGGUAUCCAUCGCGGAAAGUUCCAGAGUGUCGAUAAUUAGCAGUCAUCACACUCGUCCUGGAAGCGAGGGUGCUGCCAGUCUCGCCAGUGUCAGCACCAUUGGCAGGAACAGUGAGGCCACUCCGCCGCCCAACUUCAACCAUCGCAACGGGCCUGGCCCGAGCAGAUGGGGAAGUAUAUCUGGAGGGGGCGGUGGUGGUCAAUAUGAUGGCUCGGGGUGGGGUGAUUUUGACUAG